AUGGACAAGCCCUCGAACCUGGAGAAGGGUGAGGAAAGUUCUGACACAGCUGUGCCUAAGCGCCCCUCACCCAGCCAGGAAGGUCCUUCUGCCUGGACACUCCUGACGCGCCUGCAGGUCUCACUCCCAUUGCGUGUCUUGCUCCUAGAGAAGCCAAUCAGCUUCAUCGCGGUUCGGGUUUUAAAGUCCCACCCGCCGGCCAAGUCCCAGAUCUCGGCAAAGCUGCAGGAUGGGGGUGACAGUGCCCCGAACGCUGCUCCUUAUGCUGUCCGGGGCCCUGGCCCUGACAGAGACCUGGGCGGCGACGCCGAGAAUCCCAGGGAGGAGCCGCGGGCGCCGUGGAUAGAGCAGGAGGGGCCCGAGUACUGGGAGCGGAACACGCGGAUCUACAAGGACAACGCACAGACUUUCCGAGUGAACCUCAACGCGGCGCUGCGCUACUACAACCAGAGCGCGGGCGGCUCUCACACCGUCCAGGUGAUGUCUGGCUGCGACGUGGGGACCGACGGGCGCCUCCUCCGCGGGUACCAUCAACAUGCCUAUGACAGCAGGGACUACCUGACCCUGAACGACGACCUGCGCUCCUGGACCGCGGCGGACACGGCGGCUCAGAUCACCAAGAGGAAGUGGGAGGCGGCAGGUGUCGCGGAGCUCCGCAGGGCCUACCUGGAGGGGGAGUGUGUGGAGUCGCUCACCAGAUACCUGGAGAACGGGAAGGAGACGCUGCUGAGCACAGACCCCCCAAAGACGCAUGUGACUCACCACCCUAGGCCUGAAGGGGAUGUCACUCUGAGAUGCUGGGCCCUGGGCUUCUACCCUAAGGAGAUCACCCUGAACUGGCAACGAGAUGAGGAGGACCAGACCCAGGACAUGGAACUGGUGGAGACCAGGCCUACAGGGGAUGGAAACUUCCAGAAAUGGGCAGCUGUGGUGGUGCCUGCUGGAGAGGAGCAGAGAUACACAUGCCAUGUGCAUCAUGAGGGGCUGCCUGAGCCCCUCACCCUGAGAUGGGAGCCACCCCCUCAGGCCACCAGCCCCAUGGUGGGAAUUGUUGCUGCAGUAGUUCUCCUUGGAGCUGUUGUCAUUGGAGCUGUGAUCUAUUUUGUCAAGUAGAAGAAGAAAAACACAGGUGUAAAAAAAGGGCCCUAUGCUCCAGCUGCCUGUAAUGACAGUGCCCAGGGCUCUGAUGUGUCUCUCACUGCUGAGAAAGUGUGAGACAGCUGCCUUCUGUGGGACUGAGCAGUACAGGAUUUCUUUAGUUCAUCCCUGCUCCCUACUGAGAUUUCAAGAGGUUCUUACUUCUCUGGGCAGCUGGCAUCUGUGUCUAUGUGUCUAUGUUCCUAUCAUCAUCACUGAGGAAAUGCAGAGAAGAGCACAUCCCUGAUCACCAAGAUCCCUCCCCACACUGUCCUGUUCUCUUCCUUAGUCAACUUUCCUAUGUAGCAGAUGUGGGGCUGGGAUGUCUCCAUUUUUGAUGUAGUUUCAUGUUGCCCUGGACUGUAGCUUCUUCUUUCUCUACUGAAAAUCGGAAUCUGGAUAUUGAUUUGUAUUUCAAAUUUAUGCCACAAAAUAUGGUUGUGUGAUAGUCAAGCCAAAGUGACUCCAUUUUGUUUAGUAACUCCAUUUUGUAAAACAACCUUCCAAAUAGAAAGGGCAUGACUGGGGCAAGUUGUUCUUUUUCUUUUACUAUAGAAACCCUUAAGAACAUGGAACUACCUAAUGGGGCAUUGUUUCUAUAAGUAGCAUAAUGGGGCUAUGUUUCUGUAAUUGGGGUGACUGGGCUAAUUGUGAAUUGAUUGGUUAAGCUACCUGCCACCUGACUGCACUCUCCCAUUUCUGUAACCAGGCUUGCUUGCAUUGGCUAGACCCCAAAAUAUCUCUUUUGUGGUUUUUAGGCUUAUAAGGAGUGCCCUUGCAAUUGUCUGGGGCUGAUCAGGGGAACAUUUUAUGUUCUGGUCAGUCACCACUGGUGAGCUUCAAUAAAGGCUUGAUUCCAUUAUACCUGAGUGGUCUGGAAGCCAAUUUAUGAAACCCCAGGAUGUUGCUUUAACUGUAACAGUUGAUGGGUUAAUUAAAUGAAGAUUUCUAAAUUUCAAAGCGAAAAUAAAGCCUGAAAUCUCCUAGAA